AUGAUACCUGAUGAUACCUCGAAUAAUAUUUUUUCAUUUCACUUUCUGCAAUUUUACACUUACCUUAAAGAAAAAGUUGAAUAUCGUAAGGUGCAUAAAAAAACAACGAGAUUAUACAAAUGUUGAUGCAAUAUAAAAAUGAAACUUGUAAUAUUACUUAAAGAAUUUACAAUUCAUAUAACCAUUAUUAAUACACAACCUUUAAACAAUAAAUAAAUUGACUUAAAAAUCGUAAGUUUCAUGCACAAUUCGGUAUAAAAUUAUAUUUCACUGACUGUGACUUAAUUGUUUGGACUUUGUAUUAUUACGAAUUAUAAAAUGAAUUUACGAGAACCAAAGAGAAAACGACGCGUCAAAUUAAGAGAACAGUCACCCUUUCCAAUUAUAAUAGGUAAUAAAGAUGAAUGGGUAACUUACACUGCUCAUCUUACAGAGUUAGGAUCAUGUAUAAUUGAACCAAAUGAAAUUGUUGCAAUACAUUCCAUGGGUUUUUUUGGUAAAGGUUCCUUAUCUCGUGGUUUUCCUUCAUUUGGUAAAGCAAGAUCUGGAGCACCUCCUAUUAUUAGAAAUAGACAAUGGAUUCGAAGAGAAGAAUGGUUAAGACAACUUAAUGAAAUAAGUAUGGAACCUAAUAACAGUAAACGUACAAGCCUAGAAGAAGAGUAUGAAUUUAUUCAUUCUGAAAAUAUUGAUAAACGUGAUGAUAAAUUUACAAACAGCCCAAGGAAAGAAAGUACACCAGAUAUAAUUGAAAUAGAUGUAGAUCCUGUUUCUUGUAAUAAAAAUGAAGAAACUAGUAAACAAACUGAUAAAAAGAUAGAAGUAAGUCAUUCAGAUUUCAGUUCUGUAAAAGAUGAUAUGUUGAAUAUUAUAAGUAAAAAUAUGAAUGAACAAUGCAUUGAUAAUAAUGAAGAAUACAUUGAAGAUGAAGAAAAGAGAGAGCCUUACUGCUUUGAAGAUUUUAAUUUUAAGAAAAGUACUGUAUGUUUUGUUAACAAUGAUGCAAAUAUUCAAAAUGAAUUACUUGUCCUGCCAGACAGUGAUUCAGAGACUGAGAAUUAUUUAAAAGAAAUAACACCUAAGAUUAAACAUGAAAGUUUUCCAGUUCAAGAAACCCUUCACCUCACAUUUGAAGAAACAUUUUUUCUUUUGUAUGGCUUGGGUUGUUUAAACCUAAUAGACUUUGAUGGUAAUUUAUUAGAUAUUGAUAGUGCUUGGCAUUUUUUCUGUAAAGCUGAUAAAAAUUUUGUACAAAAAUAUGUUGUUUAUCAUUAUUUUCGAAGUAAAGGAUGGGUAGUAAAACCAGGACUUAAAUAUGGUGGAGACUUCUUGUUAUAUAAACAAGGUCCACCAUUCUAUCAUGCAUCUUAUAUUGUAAUAGUGGAUGAUUUAGAUGGUGACACCUUAAUUAGAAAUCAAAGUAAAUCCAUGCAUAAAUUAACAUGGAAUAAUUUACUAGGAUUAGAAAGAUUAUCAGAGACUGCUGCCAAGGAAAUAUUAUUUGCACAAGUUUUAUGGCCAUCUUCAACUUCAGAAACAUCUACCUUAUUUAAUGUAGACAUACUGUCAGAAUUUUCUGUAAGAGAAGUAUUAUGGAGAAGAUGGGAUCCUAAACAUACUAAAGAUACAGAAGAGGAAGAUGAUGAUUCAUCUUAAUUUUGUGCUAAAUAGUUUAUUACAUUUGUAUGUAAAUGAGCGUAUAUACAUUGAAGAUUAUUAUAUUUCUAUAUGAUUACA